AUGAAGGAUCCAAAUGAAGAUACUGAGUGGAAUGACAUACUGAGAGAUUUUGGAAUUCUUCCUCCAAAAGAAAAACCAAAAGAUGAAAUCGAAGAAAUGGUUUUACACUUGCAGAAAGAAGCAGAAGUGAAACCAUAUGAAAGAAUGAAUCUUGAAGAAUUAAAGGAAGCUGAAGAUGACUUCGAUGAGGCUGAUAGGAAAGCUAUUGAAAUGUACAGGCAGCAACGCUUGCAAGAAUGGAAAUGUCUUCAGAGGAUGCAAAAGUAUGGGGAGCUAAGAGAAAUUUGUGGAGAGCAGUACGUAAAGGAAGUUACAAACGCUCCAGACGAUGUUUGGGUUAUAAUUCAUCUUUAUCGGUCAAACAUCCCAAUGUGUUUACUGGUUAACGAACAUCUCAGCCUGCUAGCCAGAAAGUUUCCAGAGGUCAAGUUUCUCAAAGCCAUUGUAAACAGCUGUAUUCAGAAUUACUGUGACAGAUGUUUACCCACAAUACUUGUAUAUAAAACUCGUGAAAUAAAAGGCAGGUUCAUUGGAGUAGCUGCAUGUGGGGGAAUAGAUCUUAAAGUGGAAGAGCUUGAAUGGAAACUAGCACAAGUUGGAGCAAUAGAAACUGAAUUAGAAAAAAAACCCAAAAAGGACAUUAUGAAUAUGACGACACUGUCAGCGUGAAAUAUUUCUGCUCAUGAAGAUGCCAAUACAAAAAGUACUGAUGUGAUGAAAUCACCUAUUACUUGA